GCGGCGAUGGCGCCGGGCGGGCGCUGAGGCUCCGCCAUGGCCGAGGGGCCGCCGAGGGGCCGCACGCCCAGCCCGGGCCCGGGGGGAGCCCCGGGGCCGCCCAGCCCGCGCGCGGCCGGGCCCGCAGGGGCGCCGAACCCGCCCGCCGCCGACGCCACCGCUGCCGCCUCCAAGUGGGUGCGGCUGAACGUGGGCGGCACGUACUUCGUGAGCACCCGGCAGACGCUGUGCCGGGAGCCCAAGUCCUUCCUGUGCCGCCUCUGCUGCCAGGACGGGCCCGAGCUCGGCUCCGACAAGGAUGAGACAGGGGCGUAUCUCAUCGACAGAGACCCCACGUACUUUGGCCCGAUACUGAACUACCUCCGGCACGGGAAGCUCAUCAUAAACAAGGAGCUUGCAGAGGAAGGGGUGCUGGAAGAAGCCGAGUUUUACAACAUCGCGUCCCUUGUGCGGCUGGUGAAGGAGCGGAUACGGGACAACGAGAACAGGACCUCUCAAGGACCUGUGAAGCACGUGUACAGAGUCCUGCAGUGCCAAGAGGAAGAACUCACACAGAUGGUGUCCACCAUGUCCGACGGAUGGAAGUUCGAGCAGCUGAUCAGCAUUGGAUCUUCCUAUAACUAUGGAAACGAAGACCAGGCAGAAUUCCUCUGUGUUGUGUCCAGGGAGCUCAACAAUUCUACCAAUGGCAUUGUCAAGGAGCCAAGUGAGAAGGCCAAGAUUCUUCAGGAGCGAGGAUCCCGGAUGUAAUUCAAGUGUCCACUCCGUUCAAACUCCCGGAUGUCACAGGGCAGUCCAGCUGGGCAGAGCAUCUCUCCACAGAGCAACCGGCCCUUGUACAGUAACCAAGCUAAUGCAAAGCAAAGCCGAGCCUGUCCUGCCAGUGGCAAAUAAUUCUGGUCAUAACCAAAGGCUUCCCUCUUACCCCGGAGACCGAGGAAGGGAGAGACUCUUCCAGUUGGAUGGUCCUUUCCACAAGUAUUUGUUUUAUUUUCUUGGCCAGCGCUGUAUUGAAUUUUUCCAACAAUGGCUGGGCCGGAUUCCCAGUCAGAGCCUUUGUGGAGGUUGCUCAGGUCCUCAGGCCCUUGUAAUCAGUCCCACCUUCCACAGGCUGGUGUGGGUGGGAGGAUCUGUAUUUGAGCUGUGCCAUUUCUUGCACCCAGGUCUGCCACCAGAAAAGUGCAGGGACCUUGCAAUGCUCCCCCUUCCUCCCCUAAUCAGAUGAACAGGGCUUUAAAAGGAGGAACAAAACAACCACUCCUAAAAAAACCCACACAGACUUUUCCAUCCUUGCUUUGUAUUUGUUCCUUGUUCAACUCCUAAGAGCUGAGUUUAGAUCUAAAGGGAGGGGAGAGGUGUGUGCAUCUGCCACAGGUCUCACUGUUAACACUAUUACACGUGGGCUCCUGGCAUUUUCCAAAGCCCAUUACUUUGCAUGCAAACAAAGAGGCCUGUGUUCACCCAAAAUAGUGAUAGCUGUCCUUUACACUUCUCUACAGAGGAAGAGGGGUGACAUCUUCCCCUCCAAUACCCUACUAGGGCCAUAUCUUAGCCUGGUGCGAAGUCACGAGGUUUAGGGACUUGUUGCUGCCAAGUUCAGCUUUGCCUUGUUUGUCUCCAGCAGCGUGGGCUCUGUCUCCUUCCCUCUCAUCAGGGAGGGCUUCAGGCAGAAUUUCUUUUGUACUGUAGCAGGCAGGUAGGUUGGUUUGACCCCUCGAGAUCCUUUGUGGAGGAGAUCCCCUAUUAUCUGCAGCCCCCUCACAUCCCCACCUUUAAGAGAUCACCUCAAAUUACAGAGGGACAUCACAGAGCUGGGGUGGGGGAAUUUGGUGAAAAGUUGCCAAACUGUUGUAUUGUUUCUUGUCCAAAGUGAUGUGUCAAUUUCUGUGACUUUUCUUUCUGUUUUCUUUUUUUUUUUUUUUUGUUUUGGAAUGCCUUGGAUGGAUGUGCAAAAUGUUCGUUUGUGCCUCUCUUGAAUUCUAAUCUUAGCCAAACUGCAGUCACUGGUUCCUCUCUGUGCCACCCCCCUAACCAAGGGCAUGUUCCUCCUAGUCUGGUAAAUGGAAUUUCAUAGGAAUUUGCUGCAUGUUCUUCCCCUUUCAUCCUGGCUUUGUUCUUUGUAGCCCAGGUGUCCUGGCACUUGGGUCAUUUUCAGUCAAGUCCCAAACUGACAUUACAGCAAAGCUUCAGAGAUGCUGGAAUUCACAGACAUUGAUAAGCUCGGAGCAGAUGUUUCUCGAUAAGGAAUCAGAAAAUUCCUCACCUGGACUGAGGAGUUGGGCCCCUUUCUGGAGGCCUUCAGCUACCUGUUGUCUCCUGAAAGUUUUGAGAUAGAAUCAGGCAGGUUUCCCAUCUUACCACUUGUUGUUGAUGAGGCCUUGCAGCAGCAUUACCAACAACCAGUUCAGUGACCAAGUCGUGCAGCAAAGACACCGAGUGGCACCGCUGUGCUCUGCCUCUCUUCAGUCCUUCUCUCUUGCCUGUCCUCUCCAUCCUGCUUUGCCAAUGUACCUCCUCCGGUGGAGCCUUUGCCCCAUUCUCAAGACAGACUGGUUAAUUGUCUGUGCUAAUUAGUCCUGGUCACAACAGGCUGUACCAAAUGUCUUUGGAUUCACAUUGUGUCAGUUAGGGGCUGUGGAAUCGCGGCUGGUUUGUCAUCACACUGGAGAGCCCAGCUCUUCUGCCCUCCACCUUCCCUGUUUAUAACGUGGUGACCUUGUGUUGGUGUGAUCAGACCACACCUUGGCUGGGCCUGGACAACACUGUGAUGUGUAUAGAUCUCUCUCCUCUAUGUGCAUCUUGUAGCCUCAGUCAUUGUGCUCACAGCUAAGAAAUCAAGAAGCACACGUAUGCAAGUUAGCGGCCUAAAAAGCCCUUUAACACUCUCAUCUGUCUUCUUCCCCUUCUUUAGAGGAGGGAGUUUCUGGGAACUGGUCAAGAAAUAUCAAACUAAAGGCAACAGGAACUGGUCAAGAUGCUUUUGUCACAUUGCUGCCACCUGAGCACCUCGGUGAAGCCCAGCAGAGGAUUGCCUGAUGCAGAGUGAUGCCAUUGCUGUCCCCUCUGAGCCACAGAGAGCCAAAAGUUACCAGGUGAAUGGCACAGCUGUUGAACUGACAUGCACAAGAAAGACCAUCAGAGUUGCAUCUUGGUUUUCCCUUCCUCUUUCAGCAGGGAGGAGGUGCCAGGGGACCACAGACUCUCUGGGUCUUUUUAAGUUUGACAGAACAAGUUUACAGUAGAAAACCAAUCAUUGGUACUGGACAUUGGAGUUCUUGGGCGGUGUUUAGGACCAGGCAUGAAGUCCAUCCAGAGUAGGUACAUUCCCAGUGGAGGAUUUCUCCUUCCCUGACUAUGCUAGGUCACCUUUACCUUGAGACCAGGGCUGGUCUCAGCAUUAUGCACCAGUUGCAUCCCUUCUGUGCUCAAAUAGGGCUUUUCCGUCCAUUGCCUUUCACUCAGUCACAACUAUAUCAAAACUAGUGCUGAAUUAGGAUAAAAUUUGUCCCAUUCACUCUAAAAAAAGGUGUAGCAUGUUGUGGUGAGUAGAGUAGGUAAGCAGGGGUAGAUCUACUGGCUGUCCAAGAGUGUUUGUGCCUCUUGGGAAGGUUCACUUUAAAGCGCUAAUCCUGGGAAUGGAGUGUAUGACACUUUGGUUUUCUUUAAACUUUCCCAGUGGCCUAAAUUGUUCCAUUGUGGCAAGACUGGAAAUAACCUCUUGAAGUGUCUUUGUUUCUGCACAUUUUUAAAAAAAAAUCGAUUUUUCUCAGGGGUGACUGAGUGGGCUGAGGCGAAGGGGGCCUGGUUGGCUGCGGGGUGGGGGCCGGAGCAGCCGGGCCGUGGGCUCCUCCCCGGAGGUUUUGUACAGUUUGUCACAUGUCAGUGCCCUUUGCUACUGUUUCUCUUUGUUUAUUAAAUGUGUUUGAAUAACAGUUGAGAUGCUGUGAUUAUUUAUCUUUUUUCAAUAAAAAUUCUGCAAUGGGUUUGAA